GCUUAAGUUGCACUAAUAUGGCAUAUAAGUGUAGCGAAGCCCCUGGUUUGGUCACUCAGGCUGGAUUGGUGUGAGAGAAAAGGCCACAGGAUUUAGACGUCAUGGGACGAUGGUGGGUGCUCCUCUGCUUUGUUUUGCGAGUGCUUCAGUGGGCGCUUACCGAGGCCAAGGAGUGGAGCGUGACCAUACCAUCAGAGAUCAAUGUUCUGACCAGAUCGUGUGUGGUCAUUCCCUGCACUUUCACCCACCCUCCGUCACAUGACCCGUCCCACAUCAUCUGGUACAGCUACUCCGGCACCAAGUACCCAAUAGUCUACAGUAAAAGGCCUCAGGACGUCAUCGAGCCAUUCCGUGGCAAAACGGAGUUCGUUGGAGAUGUGAAGUCUGGAAACUGCAGCCUGAAGAUCAGCCACGCUCUACCAGCAAUGAAUGAGUAUCAGCUUUAUCCUUGGAUCGAUCCAGAUACAGUCAAGCACAAGUUCUACCACAAAACCGUGAAGCUGAAAGUCCAAGACACCAUACCGGCGGUGCAACUUAUUGUUGAUGGAAAUCCAAAAGAAGGUGAGACUGUUCACAUUUCCUGCAUGGUGGUGCACACUUGUAUCUCAUCUCCCCCCACCCUUUCCUUUGGGGACACCAGUGGGGACGUCCAGAAUAACCAAACGGACCUGGGCCAGGGCUACUGGCGAACGGAGAGCACCAUCUCCUUCCCUGCCAGAGCCAGUGACCAGGGCAGGGCAGUGGGCUGCUGGGUCCGUCAUCCAGGCAGGCAGGUGGCUCCAACUUGGGUGGAAGUUAGCGUGCACUAUGCUCCUCGAUCAGUUCAUGUCUCCGCUGAGAACAGCACAACUCUUUUGGGUGAGAGUGUGACACUGGAGUGCCGCAGUGAUGCUAACCCAUCCUCCUCCACAUUCCUGUGGUACCUUCAGAGGGACGGAUCUGUGCGUACACUGACCGCUCGAGAGGACAGCAUCACGGUCACUGACCUGCUGCACGGCCAGAACAGCUUUUACUGCAUGGCCCAGAACGUUCUCGGAAUGGCCAACUCUUCCUCACCCUUUAUCAUCACUGUGGAGUACAAGCCCUCCAUCUCUCCUGAAUCCAGCUGUGUUAUCCAAGGCCAUGCGUUGCGAUGCUGGUGUAAGGUCCGAUCCCUGCCUAGUGCCUCCGUGGAGUGGACGGUGGACGGCACAGACGCUCACGCUGCCCUCAGCCAUGUUGAGAUGUUCAGUGUUCGACAGAACCACACACUCAGCGGGGAGCUGCUGUUUAACAAGACCGUCCAGCACAGAACUGUGACUUGCAGGGCCUUCAACGGUCACGGCCAGCAGGAGCACGCCCUGCUCAUUAAGGCGCCGCCGCAGAACGUGUCCAUAAGCCAGCGGCCGCUGCGUGUCCUAGAAGGCCAGUCUCUCACGCUGUCCUGUUCGAGUCACGCUUUUCCAGAAGUGCUGUCCUACAGCUGGUACCAGGUGUAUCAGGACAGAGAGGUCCAGCUCAGCGAGGGGUCAGACAGACUCCACCUGCAGGUCGUGGGCAGGCACAUGGGGCCGUACCGCUGUUCAGCUCGCAAUGAGAUCGGCCAGAGUCGCUCCCCCAGCACGCUGGUUUGUGUGGACUUCGCUCCAGUCAUUUCUCCAGCCUCCUCCUGCACACUGGAAAACGAACAGGUCAGGUGUGAGUGCGUGGUUGAGUCUUAUCCACUGGCAGCUGUGACCUGGACUGCCCCUGGUGUUCAAACCAAUCGAAUGGUCAGCAUGGAGCUCAGUGGGAGUCUGAAGUCUACUCUGACCGGGCACAUGUGGAACGGACAUGAUCAUCUGAUCACCUGCCAUGCUGCCAACAAAUAUGGACAGAUUUCUCUGCAGCUCACACACAAAGGCUCUUCUGACACGUCCACGUCUUCGCUCGCCGCUGCAGGAUGCGGAGCCGCUGCUUUAGUCCUCCUGAUCGCUGCGAUUCUCUACUGCACGCAACGGAGCAGGGAGAACAUCAGCCCACUGGUGGAAGUUGAGCUGAAGGGCGAUGAACAGGAAAAAGGAGGUAAAUACUGAGAUACCAAGUACUCCAGAACAAUGUGGUUCUGAUGACUGCCAGACUGAAGGCAUUCCAGUAUUUCUUGCCUAUUGUUUUAGUUUUUAAAUAUUACAGGACCACAAGCAUCAUGUCCAUUAUGUUGAAUUCCAGCUGAUGACUCCUUAUGAUAGCUUCUUUUUGAGCUGGUUUCAGAUCACCUGAUAUAACUGUACCUGUAUUUAAUGGAAGUAACCAUUUACAGCGUUCGGCUGACGCUCUUAUCCAGAGCGACUCACAGUUUGAUCAUUUUACACAGCAAGGCGAAGGUGGUGUUGGGAGUCUUGCCCAAGGACUCCUAUUGGUAUAGUGUUGAGUGUUUACUCAGGUGACGAUUGAACCCCAGUCUAUGGCGAAGAAGGCAGAGGUGUUACCCACUACACCAACCAACCAACCAUAACCCAAUAUAAGAAAUAUAACUAAUGGUCCUAAAACAGUAACCGUUAUUAUUUUCUUAUGAAAUAAACUGUCAUGUUAAACGA